AGCAACAAAAGCUGCCUCAAAAACCUCAGAACAAAACUAGAUAACAUCAGUAGCAUUUGGAAUCUCGGCUCGCAAACAGGUUGCUCUCGCAAUGAGGAAACUGCAAAUAUUGGGAUUUCUGUGCGUGUGGGCUCUUAUUUGCCUUGGCAGUUGUUUCGCCUAUCCCAGGGCAAAGACCUCGUACGUAAAUGACUUUGUGUUCCCCACCGAAGAUGAGCACGUCAUUCCCCCCUGGCAGCAGUACUCAAAUGAACACUCAUCGCAGUCCAGAGACUUGAAACUGGCCAAAUGCACUGACUUCCAACUGGACAACGCCUCUGGCAAUGCUCGCCUGAUCUUCAUCAGCUACAAGAAAGUGGAGGAUCCUCUUCAGAGCCUGAAAAAGGCGCUAGUUGAGGAACUGAAUCUCCCGGAACUUGUGGUCAGCCUGCAAGUGGUGAGGAGUGGGAAAAACCGCUUGGUCUUUGAGCUGCCCAGUGCUCUGGAUGCCCUCUUCACUCUGAAUAGUUACUGCAAUCGGUAUCGCGAUCGUAACGAUCUCACCUAUGAAAUCAUCAGCGUUCUGAAGUGAUUAAGUAAUUAGACUUGACUUAGUAUAGUAACAUGUACUGGUUAAUAAAGUAAGAGAAUAAUGCCCUAAA